GAUCUCUAGGUAAAAUGUACCUAGGCUACAAUCAUUCUUCAUUCUCACUGUAUUUUAUCUUUAAAUCGGGCCCGGUGUGUGUGUGUGUGUGUGUGUGUGUGUGUGUGUGUGUGUGUGUGUGUAAUCACUGGAGAGGAACCGCUAGUUACCAAGGAGACUCCUAGAUGAAUCAGAGAGACUGGCUGGUAUCUUCUUUAAUUCACGAGACCAUAACAUUUUAAACGAGAGGAGGAAAUACGAUGCCAAGUCUGAGAGAGACGAGUUUCCCCUCCCACCAUCAGCACCAAGGAUAGCUCCUCUCGCUUGUCUUGCCAUGAGAAGGCGUUAGCUGGCGGAAUCGAGGAACAGAUUACGGCGGAGUGAAGGGGGAUUUCUCCGGGUCGCUGUUUGGUUCGGGGAGAGAACAAAAGACAGGAGACCAUUCAAGGGCAAAGUGGUCCUUAUGGAGCUGGCAGGAGAAACAGCUGAAAAGCCACGUUUCCCACCCAGGAGGGAAGACCAAGGCAGAGAGUCCGGGGAGCCCCAGAGAUGCGUUGGUCUCGUCGUCGUUCUGCACCCUCGGCGCUCCUGCGAAUAAGGACCCUGCCCUUUCUUCGUGCACUUUUCCACGGCUGGAGAGAGAAUGGCGCUACCGGGUUCCUUUAAAAUCCUGAGAAAAGAUCUGUGUUCAGCAUCGGGAGUUCUCGCCAGCCUUUCGGAAGGUGCCGGCCGCCGCUGCUUGAAAUCCUGGCAGUGAAACGCUCCUCUCGGUGCCUGACUCGGACACAGUUUCACCAACUGGCAGGUGAAGUGACAAGUUUGGCAAGGGACAGAGGGACUUGGCUUCACCACAACACCAGCCCCGACAUCCCUUGCCUGCCAGAGGGGGGUUUCCAUCAUGUCUAUGAAGCGUGUGAAGGGCUCGGGCAGUAGGAGAGAUGUAAACACAGCAGGGUGGCGUUUUCAGAAAUGUAGCAAUAGACUGGGAGCCCCGUCAAACAAAGUUUGGCUGAAAGAAGCUUGGCUUUUAUAGACCCUUUUCAGCAUCGAGAUAGUUUCUCUCUCCCCAGCCCACCCCCCAGCCCCCUUACAAAUGGAUUGGCGUAGCUCCUUUUAAGAACAAUCUUGAACUUUAUUUUAUUUUAUUUUUCCCUCCCUUGCCAUUCUCCCCACCCACCCGCUUUCCCGGUUGAGAAACAAAUUGUUCAAGGAAGCAUCAUCGGAAUGUUGAGAAAAGCACAUAAUCAUUCUAACCGCUAGAACUGAAGGCUUAGGGAAGGAUCCCACAUGGAAAUCGCUUGGUUUCUCGGCAAAGGUGACAACUACAAAAGUAUGUAGAUUGAAGGGAGGAAAAUCACUGUGUGUGUCAGAGUCAAUUGAAAUCUCCAUAUUUGGAACAGCUGGACCACCGUUGCUAAGGUCCUACCACCAUCCCUCCAAGACCUCCACAGUAAGGAGAGGCAGCGGAGACCAAUCCUCUAAGAUGUUCAUUUGGACCAGUGGGAGGAGCUCCACGUCAUACAGACAUGACGAAAGGAGAAAUAUUUACCAAAAAAUCAGGGAUCAUGAUCUGCUGGACAAAAGGAAAACAGUCACCGCUCUCAAAGCAGGGGAGGACCGGGCCAUACUGCUGGGACUGACUAUGAUGGUGUGUUCGAUUAUGAUGUACUUCCUCCUGGGAAUCACGCUGCUGAGGUCAUACAUGCAAAGUGUUUGGACAGCAGAGACACAGUGCACGCUGCUCAACAUCUCCAUCACAGAAACCUUCAACUGCUCGUUCAGCUGCGGUCCGGACUGCUUGAAAACCUCUCAGUACCCGUGCUUGCAAGUGUACGUCAACGUAUCGUCUUCGGGGCAGAAGUGCUUGCUUUACCACACAGAAGAGACAAUGAAAAUUAAUUCUGAGUGCUCAUAUAUACCCAAGUGUGGCAAGAACUUUGAAGAGUCUCUGUCCCUCGUGAAUGUCGUCAUGGAGAACUUCAGAAAGUACCAGCACUUCUCCUGUUACUAUGACCCCGAAGGCAUUCAAAAGAAUGUAUUGCUAACCAAACUCUACAGCUCCAACGUGCUGUUCCACUCCCUCUUUUGGCCAACUUGUAUGAUGAUAGGAGGGCUUGCUAUUGUUGCCAUGGUCAAGUUGACCCAGUAUCUGUCCCUCCUGUGUGAAAGGAUCCAAAGGAUCAACAGAUAGAAGCAGCCGGCUCGCUUCCGGGAUGGAUUGACAGCUGAAAUACUGUUGUUGUUUUUUUUCAUUCUUCACCAAAGAACCUUAAGUUUGUAACGCGUACGUCUGUUCUAAGUUCCUUAUAUUUUUUAUGAAGUAGAGCAAUAAUGAAAAAAGGCUGUUCUAUAUGCAAACGUGAUGCUGUUAUUAUGCAGGUGAUGGGAGAAGGAAUCGCCAUUUGCGUUGGCCGUCUACAUAAUCUUGGUUUACGCUGCAAAAUCGGUACUUCUUUCUUUUUUCCUUUCCCUUUUCUUUCUUUCUCCUUUCUUUUUCUACAGCCAAAAUAGGGCUCAGUGUGACCCAUUUGCCAAGCCUUGUUGAUGAAACGAAUCACCAUUUCGUUGCAAACCCAUUCUGGAGGGAUGUAUUACAUUGCUGCGUGUGUGUCCAUGCGAACCGUUUAAGUUCCACUUAAGGCUGCAGAGGGAGAAGGCGUGGGGAGUAGAAGGAAAUUUGGAGGGUGGUGAGAGAGGGUUGAUUUGUCUGGCUGAACUAAGAUGGAUUCAGAAAUGUGGUAUCUCCAGCUGCCUCCUAAACCAAGGUCAAAGGGCAGCCACACAUUAGCAGGAAGUCAGGGUGUGCAUCCUCACAUCCAGGCCCUGACUCAGAGAACACAAAUCAAACUUUACCACCGCUAAAAUCUUUAGGACAUUUUAGCCAUGGUUGAUUUUCUUGGGAUGUGAGCAGAACUUACUUUCUUCUGGAUUGCAGGGAGAGAGAGGGGACCCUCAAAGUUCUGGAUCAGAGCAAUUGUCUUCAUGUUAGCCUCAUGCUCAGGGUUAAGCUUUCCCUUCCGAUGUUUUAGACAUUUAUUUGCAAUAUCUUGGACUCACAGAUCAUUAUCUACCAAAGCUAUAGCCAAAAAAGCAAACCCCACAAAUCGCAUUAAUCUACCACACCCGUCGACUUCAUUCAUCUCCGACUCCAACCUGAGCCCUGUUGGCAGAGAUGGGACCAGAAAACACUUUCCGUACAAAUUUAUUCUCUGUAUUUUUUUCCUUGUAUUUGCUACCAUAUCACUGUAAAGAAGAACUAAAACAAAAAACAAAAUACAACCCAUAGUCAGCUAUUUUUUCAUUUUUUACUUCCAACUAUUUUAGAUUUUUUUACUGUAUAUUUAAAAAAAAAAGAAUACUAGACAAGAGGACAAAAACAUAUAUUAAAACUAGUGGUGUAUUGUAAUACGAAUAUGUUAUAUUUUAUUAUUUCUUUUGUUAACUGAAAGUGAGAAGUGCCCUUCUUGUAUUUCGUAAUGUCCAAACCUGGAUAUGCUUGUCACUAAGAAGAGCAGCGUCGGGGGCGGGGGGAGUCUUAGAGGCCAUUUCCACUCAGAUAAAACUUAGGUCACAUCUGCACCAUAAACUUAAAGCUCUCUUAUACAACUUUAACAAUCAAGGAGAAUCCUGGGAACUGUUGUUUGUUAAGGGUGCUGAGAACUGUAGGUCUAUGAGGUCAGCGCCCAUAGCAGACUACAGCUCCCAUGAUUCUUUGCAGGACUUAAAGUGGCAUAAGAAUGUGGUUGUGACCAUUCUUGCAAAACAUCCUUCAAUUUGAGAGGCUAGUAAAGAGAAUGGGUAGCAUAUAAUAUUAUUCCUAGAGAAGUGGGCUUUUUUAACCAGUACACAGAAAAAUAAAAAUAAAAAUUCAAGAGCAUAUUGGGCAGGGAGGGAAUGAAAUUCACAUGAUUUACUGAAUUGCGGUAAGGCUGCAGAACCAGGAACAUGCAUAAAUCAUAGCUGCUUCCAGAUGACCUAUUUAUUGUGCAUUCUGAUUUUCUUGGAGGGGUUAGACAACAUUGUGUCAAGGCAAAUGGUACCCCCCACUUUCUGCUGCAUUUUCCCAUCACUUUACUUAUCACAAAAAAAUCUGAUGUUUGGGGGAAGCACAAGAUCUCCAGAUCAAGUUUGAUUACGCAACCUGAAUUUGCCAACAUACGAUUGAAUCACACCCGAAAAAAGGGUCCGUCUGGAAGCACCCUAUGUACGUGCUCUGAGGUAUGCAUUACCACUAGGGAACACUAAGCGGCUGCCUAAGGAGACACUUUGCAAGUGGUAGUAGCAGGUCUUGUUUCUGUUGUUCCAAGCUCCGCUUUGGUACAAGCGCUUGAAAAGAAAAGGUCGUAGAUUUGGUGGUACAUAGAACCAGAGAAUAGCCACACAGCAGGCAAAAGAUCCAAGCCACCAUAUGAAGAUGGAGAGAGUGGUAGGUGGAGUGGGUCUGAGUAAAGCAGGAGUAAAGCGUGAGUAAAAUGUGAGUAGGUGACAACUCAUCAGAUAGUGGGAGGAGUGGAAGUCACAAAAUGGAAGAGAAAAAAGAGGAAUAUCAGUCUGGGGCAGUUUUGAGAGUCAAUGUUGAAGCCCAAUAUGCCAUAGGGAUAAAUGGGGAAAGUGAGCAAGGCAAAACUUGCAAUGAAUUUUUCCACCCAUUCUCUGUGGGAUUACAUAUAGUAUUCACAACUUUUGUUAGAUUAUACUCAAAAGACAAUCUUGUCAGGUUCAGGUCAUGGAACGCCUAAAAGGCAGAAUGUGAGAUAUUCACCAAUCAUCCCCUAAAGUUACCAUAGAACUUUUUUAAAGGAACUAUUUAUAUGUGUAUUGGAAGCAAAGGUUAACUUUUUUUUUUUUUUGCCAAAAGGAGAAAGCACAUUUUAUCUGUCCAGCUCGUCCAUUCUCCGCGUACUCCUCCCCCCUCCUCUGCCACCACUCCAAUAAUGUAAUGUUGGGGGAAAACUUUAUGGUGUUACAAGACUCCAUGAACUGUUCAAGUGUCGUCUGAGCUGUACAAUUGAAGUCUGCAGCAGUGAAAUUAAUCUUUGAUCUUGUAAUCCAUAAUGCAGCUUUUUUUCUCAGGCAAAUAAAUUCCUGGGGCGUGUAAUCAGGACUUCAAAACUGUGUGAUUUGGUACAAAAAUUAUUCAAUUAAACCUUUGAGAUUUCAAUAUG